UACGUAUUCUCUCUCAAAACAAAACAAAAGGCACUUCUUCUUCUUCAUCAUCAACCACAAAACAGACGAUAACAAUCAAAACCAUGAACGACACAGUGGACAAGUUGGUGGUCUUCUUGGCAAAGCGAGAUGGCAUCGACAAGCUCGUCAAGACCUUCCAAUACGUCUCGAAGCUAGUCCACUGGCACGUCGAGGCCACCAACCCCGGCGUGGCUCAGCGAGCCAAGCAAUGGGAGGUCGCGUCCGGGCUCAGCCGCAAGGCCUUUCGCAGCGGCCGCUUCCUCACCGGCUUCAACGCCCUCCGACGAAACCCGGGCAACACCCCAGGUUUCCGGUUCUUGGCCGUCCUCGCAAACGCCGGCGAAAUGGUCUACUUCUUCUUCGACCACAUUCUGUGGCUGUCGAGGAUUGGGACUCUGGACGCCAAGUGGGCGAAGAAGAUGAGCUUUGUGUCGGCGUUCGGUGAGUCUUUUGGCUACGUUUUCUUCAUAAUAUCCGACUUCAUUUUAAUCAAGCAGGGAAUACAGACCGAGAGAAAGCUUGUUCAUGGUUUGGAUAAUAAGGAAGAUAAUAAAGAUGUGAGUGAGAGAAUAAGGAAGAUUAAGGUGGAUAGAGUUAUGAGAUUAAUGGCGGUGGCGGCUAAUGUUGCGGAUUUGAUAAUUGCUUUGGCUGAAAUUGAGCCUAAUCCUUUCUGUAAUCAUGCUGUUACUCUUGGAAUUAGUGGGUUGGUCUCUGCUUGGGGUGGUUGGUACAGGAAUUGGCCCUCUUAAACAAAAUAAAAAAGGGAAAUUAAUUUGAACUCGUUUUAUAAGGAGUAUUACUUUCUCAAAUUUUGACGUGUUUGAUAUAUAUUAAUUAAGAGCUUCCUUGCGAUCUGAUGAAUGACUUCCACCACAAACCACAGUCCAAUAUGCAAUUAUGCAGAUGUUUAUGU